AGUACAGUAGAAAGAUCUGAAUGCUGAAAGUCAACGCGUCCCUGGAGCAAAGUCAAGUCACCUCCGGGGAAUCAUGCUGACGAAGAGCAGCUCCACCUGUCUCUUCAUCGUCAUCCUUAACUUCAUCUUCUGCCUUCCUCUGCUCGUUCAGACCUUUCAAAGAAGGUAUGUUUAUGUUCCGCUCAAAAUGAACUGGACUUCGGCCCAAAAGUACUGCAGGGAGCACCAUAUCGACCUGGCCACUUUUAGAGAUCAGGAUGACAUGAAUGCAGUACAGAGUCCAUGCAAUUUUCAGGCUGGCAUUGUCUGUUGGAUUGGUCUCUAUAGAAAACAAAGUAAUCAAAAUGACUGGGCUUGGUCUGAUGGAGAUCUAAGCAGCUACAGAACGUGGAGUCCCAUCAACAAUCAGCCUGAUAACUCCCAGGGAAAAGACAAUUGUGUUGCAACGGGAAAACUUGAGUGGUUUGAUGUAUUCUGCACUGACCAACGUACAGUUCUGUGUUAUGAUAAUCCAAUCUUGGUGAAAGAGAACAAGACAUGGGAGGAGGCUCUGGAACACUGCAGGAAUCUGGAUUCCAAUCCAGACGACCCAUCCUCAGGUCAUACCUACGAUCUUCCAGACAUGGACUUUGGAGGAGACAACUCAGAUGCCAGAAGAGCGAUCCUGGAUGCCCAGACACCAGAGGUAUGGGUAGGUCUACGUUUCCUGGCAGGAGAGUGGCUGUGGGUGAACAGGAAGCCUCUGCUGCAGUCCCCGCCUGCCUGCCCUGCACCCAGGAUGAACUGUGGGACAAUGUCCCAGACCGGGCAGAUUUUGCCACAAAGGGACUGUUUGGAGAGAAGGAAUUUUCUUUAUUUGGGGAGUAAACAGAGUAGAGUAGAAGAUCUGAAUGCUGAACGUCAACGCGUCCCUGGAGCAAAGUCAAGUCACCUCCGGGGAAUCAUGCUGACGAAGAGCAGCUCCACCUGUCUCUUCAUCGUCAUCCUUAACUUCAUCUUCUGCCUUCCUCUGCUCGUUCAGACCUUUCAAAGAAGGUAUGUUUAUGUUCCGCUCAAAAUGAACUGGACUUCGGCCCAAAAGUACUGCAGGGAGAACCAUAUCGACCUGGCCACUUUUAGAAAUCAGAAUGACAUGAAUGCAGUACAGAGUCCAUGCGAUUAUUCGGACAACAAUCUCUGUUGGAUUGGUCUCUAUAGAAAACAAAUUAAUCAAAAUGACUGGGAUUGGUCAGAUGGAGAUCUAAGCAGCUACAGAAAGUGGAGUUCCACAUACAAUCAGCCUAAUAACUACGAGGGAAAAGAGAAUUGUGUUGCUACCGGAAGCCUAUCUUGGUUUGAUAUAUUCUGCACUGACCAAUGUGCAUUUGUGUGUUAUGAUAAUCCAAUCUUGGUGAAAGAGAACAAGACAUGGGAGGAGGCUCUGGAACACUGCAGGAAUCUGGAUUCUAAUCCAGACGACCCAUCCUCAGGUCAUACCUACGAUCUUCCAGACAUGGACUUUGGAGGAGACAACUCAGAUGCCAGAAGAGCGAUCCUGGAUGCCCAGACACCAGAGGUAUGGGUAGGUCUACGUUUCCUGGCAGGAGAGUGGCUGUGGGUGAACAGGAAGCCUCUGCUGCAGUCCCCGCCUGCCUGCCCUGCACCCAGGAUGAACUGUGGGACAAUGUCCCAGACCGGGCAGAUUUUGCCACAAAGGGACUGUUUGGAGAGAAGGAAUUUUCUUUGCUUGGAAUUAUAAAGUACAUAUAGUUCAGAUCCUAUAAAUGUAGAUACUUGCUUGUGGAGGUGUGC